AUGCUGCUCCUGCUGCUCUUGCUUCUGUACUUGCCUCAAGCUGCUGGCAAGAAUUCGAAGGGACUUUGUAGAGGAACCGCACAACGAUAUAAAGAUGAUUAUUUAAAGCCAGGAAAUCAUGUUAUCGGUGCAAUUUUAUCUCUGCGUAUUGCAAUCAGUCCAGAAGAGACUUUCAAGUCCUUCCCCUAUAGUAUCAAUGAAUAUAUAUACCAAUUGGUGAGGAAGAACUACCAGCAUGCCCUAGCCUUCAUUUUUACUGUUGAUGAGAUUAACAAGGAUCCAAACCUCUUACCUAAUAUCACACUGGGCUUCCGCAUUUAUGACAGCCUCUUACAAGGAAGAUCAAAUUAUGAUAUCGCUCUGUCCCUGCUGUCCACACGAAAAGGAAAUGUCCCUAAUUUCAAUUGUGGAAAGCAAUACAAGAUGUCAGGAGUUGUUGGAGGACUCAGUUCUGAAGCUUCCAUCCAGAUAGCUACCAUCUUAGACCUCUACAAGAUCCCCCAGUUCAGUUACGCUCACCCAUCACUGAGUGAUAAAAUUCAGUUCCCUUUUUUUUACCAAAUGGUUCCAAAUGAAGCUGUUCAGUUUGACGGAAUGGUACAGCUGAUAAGAUAUUUUAAAUGGACAUGGAUUGGCCUUGUUGUUUCAGAUGAUGAUAGCGGAGAAAAGUUUGUGCAAACCUUUAUCCCAUUGCUCAGUCAGUAUGGCAUCUGUGUUGCCUUCACAGAGAAGGCCGCAACAGUCUUGCUUGAAUCCUUUAAUGAAUAUGUGAAAAAUAUACUUUUAAAGGCAGACAUUAUACCAACAUAUCUUGCAACAAAAGCCAAUGUGAUUGUUGCAUAUGGAAAUACUUACUCCAUGCAUGGUUUACAGAUGAUGCUAUACACUCAUGAAGUAAUGACAAAACAACAUAUAGAGAAGAAGAUUUGGAUCACAACAGCCCAGUGGGACUUAUCUUCACGAAUUGUUCAAGGAGAUUGGAAUGUCAAGUUUUUCCAUGGUUCCUUGGCUAUAGCAUACUACAGAAAUGAUGUACCAGGGUUUCAAAGCUUCCUCCAGAUGUUUAAGCUUUAUCAGCACCCGAGUAUUUUAAUGCGUCAAUUUUGGAAUACUGUAUUUCCUUGUAGAAGCCCAAAUUCUGAUAAUUCUACACUAAAUUUUAAAAAAUGUACAGGAGAGGAAACGCUGGAGAGUCUUGCAGGGGAGGUAUUUGAAAUGCGCAUGUCUGGCCAGAGCUACAGCAUCUACAAUGCAGUCUAUACCUUUGCACAUGCUCUGCAUGCUAUUUAUUUGUUCAGAUACCAAACAAUGGUAAAAAAACCCAAGCUGGACCUUCACACAAAGCAGCCAUGGAAGCUACACCCAUUUUUGCAAAAACUCCGUUUCAACAACAGUAUUGGGGAGGAGGUAGACUUCAAUGAAAAUCAGGAAUGGUCUAUUGGAUGUGACAUUGUAAACUGGGUCAAUUUCCCCAAUAAGUCUUUCAUGCCAGUGAAAGUCGGAAUGGUGAAUCCUUGGGCUUCAUCUGACCACAGGUUUACCAUCAACAGUGAUGCUGUCAUAUGGCCCAGCAAAUUCAACCAGACAUUGCCCCCCUCCUUGUGCACCAAGAGAUGCCAUCCAGGAUACAGCAGAAAAGUCCAUGAAGGAGAAACUUCAUCUUGCUGCUAUGAUUGUUCCCAAUGCCCAGAAGGGACAAUUUCAAACCAGACUGAUGCAUAUCAAUGUGUUAUGUGCCCAGAAGAUCAGCAUCCAAAUGAGAAUCAAAACAGAUGUAUCCCUAAAGUUAUAACUUUUCUUACCUAUGACGAACCAUUGGGAAUCAGUUUGGUUUCUGCUUCUCUCUUCUUUUCCCUACUCACUGCAGUGGUGCUUGGAACCUUUGUUAAAUAUGAAAACACACCCAUUGUGAGAGCCAACAACCAGGAUCUUACCUAUCUCCUCCUAAUUUCCCUCUUGUUUUGUUUUCUUUGCAUCUUCUUGUUUAUUGGACAACCCAGCAAGGUGACCUGCUUUAUUCGACAGGCUGCUUUUGGCAACAUCUUUUCUUUUGCACUUUCUUGUGUGUUGGCCAAAACCAUCACUGUGGUUCUGGCAUUUAUGGCCACAAGCCCAAGAAACAAAAUUAGGAAAUGGUUGGGGAAAAGUCUGGCCAAUUACAUUAUCCUUGUUUGCUCUCUUGUUCAAAUUGGCAUCUGUACUGUCUGGCUCAGUACUUUCCCACCAUUCCCAGACUUUAACAAGUUUGCAGAGUCUGGAAAGAUCACAGCUGAAUGCAAUGAGGGCUCAAGUACCAUGUUUUACAUUGUCUUUGGUUACAUGGGCUUUCAGGCCAGUGUCAGCUUCAUGGUCGCCUUCCUAGCCAGGAAGCUGCCUGAUACUUUCAAUGAGGCCAAGUUCAUCACCUUCAGCAUGCUGGUGUUCUGCAGUGUCUGGGUCUCCUUUCUUCCAACCUACCUGAGCACUAAGGGGAAACACAUGGUGGCUGUGGAGAUCUUCUCUAUCUUGGCUUCCAGUGCUGGGUUACUGGGUUGUAUUUUUGCCCCUAAAAUGUACAUAAUUUUACUGAGGCCAGAAGUGAACACUAGAGACCAGUUCUUUAAGAAAAAAAGAUAA